AUGGGCCAUUUAGUUCCAAAUGCUGAUCCGUUCUUUAUUAAGCUUAUCGGCUCUGGCUAUGCCAAAGAUAUGCAUCGAGUCUUUUAUAUGGGUCAUUUAGUUCCUCAUGCUGAUCCAUUCUUUUUUAAGAUUAUUGAUUUUGACUAUGCAAAAGAUAAUCAUCGUGUCUAUCUACAUGGACAACUUUUACCGACUGCUAAUGCCGUCAGUUUCACUCCUCUCGCUGAUAGUGGCAUGCCAAUUGCUCCAUCCAGUCCAAUAUAUCCACCAGUUAUGACACCUGCUUAUGUUCAUCCAACGAUUUCACACUCAAAUCAUAUGAUACCAUCAUCAAUGCAUCCAUCUAAUCAUUCAAUAACACCAAUACAUCACCCAUACCAUAUGACCACAACACCUACUCAUCAACCAAAUCAAACUGUUGUAGGAGGAUAUCUUAGAAGUAACGAUUCAGUUCAUAGUUGUAUCUUAAUAUAA